AUGGAUGGAUUCUCCGAUUCUUUAUCUGCGGCUUCUGAGCGUGAUAUGACUGAAGAUGAAUUUACAAAAAACAGUUUGGAAGAAAAAGAAAAUGCCAAUGACAUUCCCGUUACUCCAGGUAAAAAUAGUAGCAGUAUAACAACACCAUACGAAGGAAUGGAAUUCAAAAGUUAUAAAGAUGCAAAAGAGUAUUAUAUAGAGUAUGGUCGAAGAAAUGGUUUCACGAUACGAGUUCGAUCAACAAACAAAACUCUUGUAAGCCUGGGAGAAGUGACUGCAGCUUAUACGGUAUGCUCACGAGAGGGCAAGCACGAAAAAAAGGAAAACGUUGAGGGAAUAGACAAAAAAGGUAAACGUUGCAGUAUUAUAAAAUGUGGUUGUGAUACAAAGAUGCAUGUUCUUUUCAAUGAAGAAAACAAUAUUUGGACAGUGAUGGCAUUCUCAGAUGAUCACAAUCACAAAUUUGUAUCGCCGACGAAGAGAAUACGCAUGCGGUCUAAUAGAUACAUGCCGGAAGGGGUGAAAGAUAUGACAGAGGUAUUUAAUUUGGAAAACAUUGAGGUCGGGAAAGUUCCAUUGGUAUUUGGAGGUGCAACAAUUGGAUUUAAUAAACGAGACUGUUGGAAUCACUUGUUUAAUGUUAGGCACAAAAAUCUUGAAGUUGGUGAUGCCCAAUCUAUCAUGGAUUAUUUACAUAUGAGACAAAGUGAGAAUCCGCAAUUCUUUUAUCGAGUUCAAGUUGAUGAACAUGGCAGAGCUGUAAAUUUUUUCUGGGUAGAUGCGCGUUCGCGUAUGUCAUAUGAGCAAUUUGGGGAAGUAGUCUUCUUUGAUACUACUUAUAGGACUAAUAAAUACGAUAUGCCGUUCGCACCAUUUACUGGGGUAAAUCAUCAUUACCAGACUAUACAAUUUGGGUGUGCAUUAUUGCAAGAUGAGACUGAGAUUACUUUUCAAUGGUUGUUUCACAUUUGGCUAGAAUCUAUGGGAGAAAAACAUCCAUUAGCGAUCAUAACGGAUCAAGACACUGCCAUGGCUCUUGCGAUAAAGAAGGUUUUCCCGAACAGUACGUCACCGUCUCUGCCUAUGGCACAUAAAGAAAAAAUUUGGUGA